AUGCGUUUCAUUUAUGCAAAGACCGUCCGGCUGAUGCCGCACAGGAAACUACUGCAGGAGAUACGCUCCAUGAGCUCUGCUGCUUCGGUGGAGGCAGAGCGAUCACAACUCGUCAGUCUUUUAAAAAGCGAGUGUUCGCGUUCCCCACCGUCUUUACACGACCUUUGCAAGGUGUCCAUGCUCUGUGGUGCUUUCUGCAGGCGCUUGGCCACCCUGGACACCAUCGCGGCCUCAGAUGUGGCAAAGCAUGCUGAGUCCUUAAGUUCAAGCAUCAAUUGCUCCGCUCCCUCUGCGCAAGUUCCGUUGUUUGCGUACGCGCUAGGCGAGGUUGAAGGCUUGCGUAACACGAGGAGGCUUAGGUAUCGUCAACGCCUUGAUGAUCUAACCAAAGGUGUACCCGCAUCCCGCUGGGACACGGAGCACAUCACACGUUGCAUAACCGAGCUUUCUCUGUUCGAAAAACUACCUGCGAGGCGACGUAAUGAUCAGGGGCCCCCAAAGCGAGUGUGCGGUGAGUCUGAUAUAGGUGGAGGGAGUGGACCUGUUGCUGUGCGUUGCCAACUGCCUUUGCGCGAUCCCAUUUCCCUUUCCGUGAUUGCGACUCCCGCCCGCGGUGUGCUUUGUCAGCAUCAUGAAGUGUUUGACCUCAGUGCAUUCGUGCGCACCGUACAGCUUGUGGCGGUACGGCGCGGGGAGAGUGUUGAUGGAGCACUGAUCCAAAGGUGGGGCACUGGCGGUGUUGGCGCCGGCCUCGGCAGCAGCAGUGACAGCGACUCCUCUCCGGCGGCAAACUGCCCCUUUUGUGGAAAGUAUACUUCUCUUCAAAAUGUUCGUGUUGACGAGGCCCUCGCGGAGGCCAUGGCUCGUUAUUCAGGAAAUGGCGGGGUGCUUUCUGUCGAUUGCGUUGUUGUGUGGGACAUGCAGUCGGGUUCAUACAAUGUAAUGGAGAAGCAGGCGGAGGUGCGGCCAGUUUGUGUGAAGAUGGAAGGUGAUGUGAUGAUGGAGGCUGAGCAGCGACGAGGCGAGAGCCCGCUUGGGAGGUGA